AUGCCGCUGUCCGCCGAGAACGAACUUUACAUCCCUUGCUACUACUACAUCCAUUCUCAAAAAGAAUCUGCAAAACCCGCUUCGGAAGAUGACGACAUCGACCUUUUCGGCGAGGACGCGGAGGACUCUGCUGCUGCGCUGAAGCAGCUGACAGCAGCAAAGAAGCAGCAGCAGCAGCAGCAGCAGCAGCAGCAGCAGCAGCGGAAGCAGAAGCAGCCAGUGGUGAACAAGUCCAUGUUGGUGAUUGAAGUGAAGCCAAAUGAUGCAGAAACAGAUUUAAAUGAAAUUGGAAAAGAAAUAAAACAAAUUCAAAUUGAAGGCCUCACUUGGGGAGAAAACCAAAAGAAAGUGCCCCUGGCCUUCGGGCUCUACAAGCUCCAGGUGCAAUGCGUGAUUGUAGACGAUCUGGUGAACACAGACACUGUGAUAGAACGAAUUGAAGAAAUUGGACUUUCGGAAGAAAACAAAAUCAAAAAAAGAAAACUUUUGGAAGAAAACGAAAACGACUCUGAAGACGAAGACGAACUCCACGGACUCGUCCAGUCCGCGCAGAUCGUUUCCUUCAACAAGCUCUAG